AGACCGUGGAUGACGGAUCCAAUCAAAGAUAGACUUGGUGACAGCAUAAUUUGUGACAGGCUUGUAACUUUAUCCUCAACUCGUUUUGAUGGUUCGAUUCGCCCUUGCUUUUCGUCCAAGAACGCGAGACAGCGCAAAAUGAAAAUAGUAACUAAUUCUUUGAGUUAGGGUUUUUAAUUUUUCUUUUUCUUUUAUUUUCUUCUCUCUCCCAUCCCUCCCCCUUCUAGAAAACAGAAAAGUAAAUCAAUCACUCCAAAAUUUAUCUCAUCUGCAGGUACUGUUAUGUGAUGCUGUGGGAGGCAGGGUGCCGAAUGCUGUAGAGUAAUAAAGAAGUUGCUAUUUCUUCUAGGAAAUAAUUGUAACGAAAGAAAAUGAAGAGUAACAUGUCCAAGAUUAAUAUGUGCAACAUCAACAUGUACAACAUGGAUAUGUGCAACAUGAACAUGUACAGGAUUGACACUAACUGCAGUUCUAGGAUUUCAACUUUUAGGAGAAUGUUCCUGUAGUUCGGUAGAAGGUUAGACUUUCUAUUCGUUUUUACAGUAGAACUAUUGGUUUUAAACCUGUUGAUAGGGAUUGAUCUAGGCAGAAAUGGAAGCACCGAACGCCAUGGUAUUGGAUAGUAAGCCUUUGGUUCUACAUGGCAUGAAGAGGAAGCGGGAAACACAGCAUACAUCAUAUUUUCCUGGGGCCUCGCAUGUGAUACCACCACAGUUUCCCAGCUUGUGUUUAGCUUUCCAGAAACAUGACAAGCGCAGGAGAUUGGAGGAUUGCGAAGGCAGAGUUGUGAGUUGUGGUUAUACUUCAAAAAGAUCUUUGUUACUUUGCUAUUCAAAUUUUAAGAAAACAGGCAUUCCAAAGCGCAUAAUGUUCUAUGAGAAAGGUGAAUGGACUGAUUUUCCCAACGAUCUUAUUGCCUCAAUCAGGAAAGAUCUCGUCACAAAGAAGCCAGCUAUUGAGGUUGAGAUAGACAGUCAAUCUUUUGUGCUAGAUUUCUUGCAUAUGUUUCGAUUGGAGCUGAAAACUGGCAUGAGACACCCCAUUGCUUGGAUUGAUGAAGCAGGUGGCUGUUUCUUUCCUGAGAUUUUUACUGGUGAGGAUGAAGCAUACCCGUGCUGCAAAGAUGAAUGUGCGAAUAACCAAGAAUUCUUGUUUAGUGAAUCUUAUGCCCCUCAUGAGAUCAAGCUACAUCUUGAGAUUGGCAUUAAUGGUGUUGAGCAACCAAAGUUGGAAUGUAGUGGGGAGUCGAGUUCUUUUGUGAGACAUUUUCAAAUUGCUCAGAAACCUGCCUCCAGUUAUUCUGCUGUGGAAGCCGAGGAUAAUUGCAAUAGGAGUGCCGAUGGAAAACCCAAUAAAGCUGUUGAGGAUAUUCAAGAGAAAAAGAAAAACUUAGUUCCCGAAAGCGAGUUUGUUGAUGUACAGUUCAAUGAGCCAUUGGAGUCUUCAACUGUUGAAAAGAUGUUUCUUAUGGGUAUGAACACUUGUGAAGGUGUGGAUAUUCUUGAUAUAAGACCCUGCUCCAGUACACAAUAUAGAUUAGAGCGUUUCAAGAAGCAGGUCCAAAUUAUGAAGAAGUAUCGGGGGACUGCAAAUGUUCAACGUGCAUGGCUUGCUUCCUCUAAAAAAGCAUUGCCUACCAUCAUGAAGCAUGGGCUUGCAGACUGCCGUCUUUCUUCAAUCCCAGACUUAUAUGCCGCUGGUGUUCAUCUUGCUGCAGCAGAAUUUACUAAUGGCAGUGCAAAGUAUUGUGAUGUUGACGAAAAUGGAGUACAGUACAUGAUAUUAUGUUGCGUAAUAAUGGGAAAGACGGAGCUUCUUUUCCCUGAAAGUGGACAAUGUUUUCCUAGCAAUGAGGAUGUUGAUAGUGGAGUGGAUGAUCUUCAUCAUCCGAAGUAUUAUAUUACCUGGAACAUGAAUAUUAACACCCACAUUUAUCCUGAAUUUAUUGUUAGUUUCAAACUCUCCUCGAAUGCUAAAGUUUUUGUGGUACCAACAGGGAAUUCGGUUGGAAGUGAGGCUAAUCAUGCUAUUUCAGGUGUCACUGCAUCUUCAAAAGGAGUCCAAGGUUGUUUACCAGCAUCUGCUGGUGAAUUGGGGAGUUCUAAACACCAAAAUUCAGAUUCAGGGGGAUCCCAAGAAAAUGAUCCUAGUCUGGGUUCAAACACUUCAAAGACCCCUAAAUCCCCUUGGAUGCCUUUCCCUAUGUUGUUUGCUGCUAUCUCAAAUAAGAUUCCCCGUAUGGAUAUGGACCAAGUUGCUAAUCAUUAUGAACUGUUCAGGGCAAAGAAGAUAACUCGUGAUGAUUUUGUCAAAAAGUUGAGAUUGAUAGUUGGAGAUAAUUUGCUGAGGUCAACAAUAACUUCACUGCAAAGCAAGAUACCAUCGAGGCAUGAAUUAGAGGUGGCAAAGCAGAACAUGAAGGGUCCUGGAAGCCUCUGAGUUUUACCAUUUUCACGUUUAGGUGUGGAAGGCUUUGCUGCUUGGUAUCCUCAAAAGCUGUUGGUGCUAUUGGGUGACUUUAGCUUGCUUCUUGUUAUCAAAAUGCGUCGACAUGAUAAGGACAUGUUUGAAGGUACUUGUAGUAGUCUUAGCACUGCUUUGUUUUUUAAUGGUGUAAUUGUUCGGUAUAUCUCCUAGUCUCUAGUAGCAUUGAUUUGGUGUUUGCUCAAAACCGACGAACUCAUUUUCAACCUGAACCGGCUUGCUAGCCAACUCUAUCCUGUUUUUUUUUUUUUUUUUUUUGGUUUUCAAAUUUUCUUUUUCUGAAUGUGGACGUGGUGCAUCGUUCUCUUAUAAUAAAUAAAUAAUUGUUGCCUGACA